CCGCGAGGGCAGCCUGCUCUUGUCUUGCAUCCGCCACUGGCUCGAUGCCCCCGUAUCUCCUCUCUAGAGACUCUCCCCGUGCACAACAUGGUCGUCGCCGCCCUCCCCGCGGUCAGUUGACUCGCUCCGGGUCUCUUUUCGGGGCUCUCAAAAAUAUAGUUUCCGCGCCCCUCGCCUGGUUAACCUCCUAUGACGACCAGGAGAACCUAUCGGGCAAGCGUGGUCGAAAUCACAACGUUAUUCUCGAGGACGAAGGCACUUACCACGAGGAUCAGCCAAGCGCAAAGCGGAAGAGGGUAGACAGCCCCGAGCUCUCCGCGCCUCUGCAGCAACCCGCGACGCGUACUACUCAAGGCUAUCUCGAUGUCCCCGAGAACCUCAUUUCCAAGCAGCCUGGCACACGCCAGAAGCCUGGUGCUCAUCCUGGUCACGGCCGCUCCUCGUCGAUGGCCACUGCCCCACCCAAUCCCUUCGUCCAGGGUGCCCAUCCUGCUCGUCGGACGGCCUCCCCCGCAGGCAUCAUGGGGUUCGGCCCGUAUACUAGCUUGCAGCGUACCCAGUCAAUGGACCCUCCGGCAUAUCGUGCGUUAUCGCUCUCUCGCGAUGUCUCGAUGGAGGAUGGUCAGCCUGGACCCGUUGCUCGUGAUGUUACCAUGUCGCCCUCCCGUCGUGACUCCUCCUUCCAGCUACGUGCUAGAAGCUCUCUCACCCCCCAGCCGAUCGGUCAGACGUUUGGUCCUAACAUUCGCCACAAGGAGCGAGAUCCGUCGGAGCCCCCGCCGGUGGGGCAGCUCAAGACAAAGCCGGAGUUUCUCAGGGCGCCUUCGCAAGUGACUCAAAGUCGGUCAGAGCGAGACGUUACGACUCUCGGCUCGCUUGCAGAAGCAAAUGGACGAAUUAGUCGAUCGCCCAUGCGCCAGCUCUUCCUCGGCGCUCGUCCAGGCACUAUCUCUGAGAGCACUUCUGCACCGUAUGCAAUGCCCGUUAAUGCUGCCGAGAAAGCACUCCAUGACCUGGACGUGUACAAGACGCCACUGUUACCGUCCCGUCUCCGGGGUUCACAAACGAUCCCGGAUAUGUUCAAGCCAAAGAAGACACAUGCGCCUGUACUCAUGCGCUCUGAUCGCGAGCGUGAACGUAAGCCUCGGCUCGGCACAUCUGAGAAGAAUGGUAAGGAGAAGGAGGAUGAAGCAGUGGCGUCAAAGCCUUACGCAGGCCGAGGGGGUAUGAAAAAGAUGCUUGCUCGCCGUAAGCAAGAGGAGCAGGAGGAGCUUGAGAAGGAGCGUGACAACGCAAUUGAAGAAGAUCAAGAUGAAGUGGCGCAGAGAAUUACCGAGGCGGAAAUAUCCGAAGUCCGGAAGGAAUCCGCUAGGUUCCCAUCACCCCCCCCUCCCGCGCCACCUGCUCGUCCCGUUGGUGGUCGCGAGCAGUCUUCGCUGCGCGUUGGACGCACUCGCACUUCACGCAACCAUAUUGCGCGUCCCGUCUCGAAGGCAAAGAAUCGCUUUUCUGCUGCGUUUGACGAUGAUGAAGGUGAAGACGUGGUCGACGAGGCUCGGGAAGAAGAGCCGAAGAAGCUUCCUACGCUGUUUGAGAGUCCAAAGGGCUUCACGUUUGCGCAGGAUAAGGCACCGGUACUGCACGACUCGAGCAACGCAAAGGAGCCCCCGAUCUCAGCCCUCCCGUUCUCGCUCAUGAAGACCUCCGCUGCGUCCACAGGUACGAAUCCCAGUCCGAACCCACCCUUCAUCUCCGGUCAGCCGUCAAAGUCGUCUUCGCCAACCGCUGCGCCUGCUCCAGCCACAACUCCAGCUGCACCCGCUUCUGAGGAACCCGCUUCGAAGGCUGCUCUCGCUACUUCCCCGCCUGUGCCAUUGAUAUCUCUCAUACCUCCCAGCCCCGCUCCUGCCAAAUCGGAUGCCGAGAGUAUCAAGCUCCCUGCUUCGAGCAUUCCCAACUUCUUCGCAAACUCGUCGAUCUUUACAAAGCCCGGCGUUACAAUUGCUCCUCCCGCUCCUGUCACGGUGCCGCCUCAGGCUUCUGCAGCUCCCCAAAUUGAAGCUAAGGAAGAGGCGAAGCUUGCAGCCACGCCUUCGCUCUUCGGUAAUAUCCCAUCCUUUGCGCCUCCUGUUACCUCUAAGGACUUGCCGACGUCAAACGCGGAGGCCCCCAAGCCCACACCGGCCCCAGCGUUUUCGUUCGGCGCGCCUGCGUCUGCGAGUGCCCCAGCGGCUUCGUCCUCCGGUUUUUCCUUCGCCUCCUUUGGCCAGACUAAAGAUACCGCCACCAGCCAAUCUACGUCCUCUUCCACCACGUCUCCAGUCAUCGCCAAAGAGCCUGCGCUGGCUCCAAUCGUUCCGGAGGUGAAGCCGUCGGCCUCCGCCAGCUCUCCAUUCGCCUUUGGCGGACCAGCCACCAAGGCGCCGCAAACGAACACUGCGUCUUCCGGCCUCUCGUUCAGCUUCGGUGCGCCUGCGACAACUGCCACUGCUCCGGCUACCACGCUCUCUCCAGCACCAUUCUCGUUCGGUCAGCCAAAGCCCGAACCUGCGAAGGCUCCGGAGGCUAAACCAUUUUUUGGUGUUAGCGAACCUGCGAAACCGUCACUCUUUGGUGUGCCGCCUGCCUCCUCCCCUUCACCCUUCGGAGGUAGCCAGGAUAGUGCCAGCGCUGAAGCACCUAAGCCCACGUUUACCUUCGGUGCGCAUUCCUCGUCCACGCCUGCUCCUCCCAUUGAGGCACCCAAGCCCCUGUUCCCGUCGACCUCUACCGGGAGCACUGGAGGAUUCAAUUUUGGUUCUACUGCGCCGACGGCCCCGACUCCCGCGACCCCGGCGAAGUCGCCCUUUUCGUUCAGUGUCACGCCGUCUACGCCUCCUGUGAGUACACCAGCUGACAACAAGCCCGCAUUCACCUUUGGCACUCCGGCUACUCCUGCCGUCUCUGCACCUACAACGCUCUUUGGUGGCCCGUCCGCCAGCACUAAUGGUGUUGAUGUCUCGAAGCCCUUCUCCUUCGGCGCUGCUACCCCGGCGCGCUCAAUCACUCCGCCUCACAAAGAGCAGGAGAUGAGCAUGGAGGAGAGUCCCACUCGUGGCGGUGGCAUGGACAUGAAUGGCGAGUCGAAGCCUACAACUGGCUUUACGUUCGGCGCUCCCAGCACUUUGAACGCUUCGCCAUUCGGGCAGCCCAGUCAGCCUGCGGCCAACCUCUUCGCGUUUGGCGCCAAGACGGAGACGAAGCCUGAGGUCAAGCCUACUUUCGCUAGCUUUGGUCAGAGUGCUACUUCGUCUCCGUUCGCUUUCGGUUCGAAGCCUGUGGAGAGUGUGCAAUCGCCGGUUUCUCCUGCGCCAUUUGGUUCUUCUGUGCCCUUCGGUCAGGCAGCCCCUCCCAUCACGACCUCGUUCAGCUUUGGCAGCGGGGCGCCUAGCGGAUUUGGCCAACCACCUACCGUCAUCAAUUCGCAGCCUGCAAGUCCGUCAACUUUCGGCCAACCCACGUCUAACCCCUUCUCUUUUGGGGUCACGCCCACCUCCGCGACUGCGCAAUCGAACCCCUUCGCGUUCGGCAGCCAGCCCGCAUCUCCUGCCAUUGGCAAUGCUGGCCUCCCACAGCCUCCUGGCUCGUCGGGCGGGCCUGCCUUCACCUUCGGAGCACCAAGCUCCGCUACCCAAUCACCCUCCUCACCUUUCGGCGCCACGACCUCGUUGCCUACGCCAGGAGGAGUGGGAUUCACCAUCGGAUCUGCUGCGCCUCAGCAAGGGACGUCUAGGCAGAUCAAGAAGCUCCCGAACCGUACUCGCGGUGGAAGACCGCGGUAAUCGACUAGGCAUCACUGCUCGUAGGCACCACUUACCGCUUCUACUCUUGCUUCGAUUCUAUGUUAUUGCCUCUCGUCUCCGCCCACAAGGAUCUCCACAUCACCCGUCCUCGCGCUGCAUACACAUCACAUAACAUACACAUAGUCCGCCGUCUUGUCUCCCCAGAGUCUCUGUGUUCUACUUGUUGAGUCCAUCCCCAUCCAUCAUAGUAUAUCUCCAUCGUGUACCGUCGCGCGUUACCCAUCGUUCCGUCUCUCCCACUGUCAGCCACUGUCCUAUACCAUCGCAGCUGCCCCCUCUCGUUGACAUCUCUGUUUCUUGUUCCCGCUAUCUGCUCGUAUCAGGGGACAGUCUCCCAUCGUCGUAGUCUGAUCACCCUUGGCUGAAGGCCAAACAUUACAUAGCUGUAUCGCAUCGCAUCUGCAUUGAUCCACAUAGUCGUUAGGUAGGUAGGUAUAUUCUCCGGUUAGAUAGCUGUAGUCACCAGUGAGUCCUCACAUUAGUUAGUCGUCCAUAUCGCACGCGCAUUUGAUUGCUCAGGGCUGAAGGCCUAUGCAUUGCGUAUUAUAUUUGCACGCUGUUGUGCGUAGGAGUAGUAGUCGUCAUCGUCUGGGCAUCCCCAUCGUCCUCAUUGUUAAUAGCUAGUCCUUGUGUCUCAUCCA